UUGUAGUUGGUUGAUGAAAUUUGAAAAGCAUAGCCGAGCUGAAGGAAAGUAAGGAGAAGUGCAAUGGUGGCAACUAACUUGGUGUGGUCCUCAGCUGGUGCUGAACACUCACCAUUAAUGGUCACUUUGCCGGAUAGUAAUAUACAAGUUCCUAUUUACGUUCCUGAAGUACAGCUUGAUGAUCAACUCCAUUACUCACUUCAACAUAAUCCUCCUUGGCAUGAAGCGGUUACAAUGGCAUUCCAACAUGUGAUUGUGAUGCUGGGAAUGACUGUUAUGAUUUCCACUAAACUCGUACAUCUAAUGGGAGGAAAUGAUGAAGACAAAGCUAUUGUUAUUCAGACCCUGCUGUUUACAUCCGGACUAAACACACUUCUUCAAACAUUAAUCGGAACUCGUCUUCCUACAGUGAUGUCUGCCUCAACUACGUUCAUUAUACCAGUCAUGUCUAUCAUCAAAGAUAUGUCCAAGUACAGAUUCACUAGUGAACAUGAGAGAUUUGUUUAUACAAUGAGAUCUAUUCAAGGUGCUUUAAUCAUUUCAUCAAUGUUCAAUAUCCUCAUUGGGUAUAGCAAGGCAUGGGGAUAUUUUACAAGAUUCCUCAGUCCUGUAUCUAUUAUCCCAAUCAUUUGUCUGGGGGGUCUUAGCAAGUUCCGAAGUGGUUUCCCCCAGCUUGGAGAGUGCAUAGAGAUUGGUCUGCCCAUGCUAAUUCUACUUGUUAUCAGUCAACAGUAUAUGAAGUUUAUAGGUGGGAGAAAAAAUGCCACAUUUGAGAAAUUUGGUGUACUGUUUAGUGUUGCAGUUGUCUGGGCCUUUGCUGCACUACUUACUGUGAGUGGUGCAUACAACCAUGUCAGUGAACAAACUAAGUUCAGCUGCCGUGUCGAUCGUUCCAAUCUUAUGUCAGCAUCUCGAUGGAUUAGAAUACCAUACCCUUUUCAGUGGGGUGCACCUAUAUUCAAAGCUAGCCCCAUCUUCGGAAUGAUUGGAGCCGCACUUGUUUCAACUUCUGAGUCAACAGGAACAUAUUAUGCUGCAUCACGGUUCUCAGGUGCUACACCUCCUCCAACUAAUGUGCUUACUCGAAGCGUUGGUUUACAGGGUUUGGGAAUGCUGUUUGAUGGUUUGUUUGGAGCAGUUGUUGGUACAGAUGUAUCAGUAGAAAAUGUUGGGCUUCUCGGAAUAACACGUGUUGGAAGUCGAAGAGUGGUGCAGAUAUCUACCAUUUUCAUGGUUUUCUUUUCAAUCUUCGGAAAAUUUGGUGCAUUCUUCGCAUCGAUUCCGUUCCCUAUAUUUGCAGCUAUGCACUGUGUUCUUUUCGGUCACAUAUCUGCCGCUGGAAUCUCAUAUAUUCAGUUCACGAACAAUAACUCUCAGCGGAACUUGUACACAAUUGGCCUGUCAUUGUUCCUUGGUAUAUCGAUCCCGCAGUAUUUUAAUGAUGCCACUAACAACCGAGGACGAGUGAACACAGCAGGCCUAUGGUUCAAUAACAUUUUGAACACAACAUUCUCUUCGGGCCCAACUGUGGUAACGGCAUUUGGGACAGUACUUGAUAAUACACUUGACACUAAGGGUACGGCCGCGGCCUACGACCGAGGAAUGCUUUGGUGGUCUAAGUUCCAAAACAGUGACCCUACUGGAGUUUACAGGUUUCCACCCCCUCUUAGCAGGCGUCCUCGUCCAUGUACUCAGCCUCCUCCUCCAUCUCCUCCUCGUCCUUCUCCUCCUCCUCCUCCUCCUCCCUCUCCUCCUCCUUGUCCUCCUUCUCCCCCUUCUUGUCCUCCAUCUCCUCCCCCAAAACAACCACCGGACAUCACUAAAGAUAUCGAGCGUUCGCCACUCAGACAAAACUACUGCCCUCAUAUGAAUUCUAGUAGUCCUUGUGGAGAAUAUUGUCGCCAUGUACAUAUUUCUGCUUAUCCAUAUGUUGAGGACUGCCCCCACGUAUUUCCGCGAGUUCCUUGUAUACAAAUGUAAAUAGCCCGAUCUUAGAGCUACACAAUGAAAUACGCCUUUACGAUUUACAAAUGAAUCUGUUGCAUGUCUUUGCUUAAUUUUUAUGUGUUCCUCAAUUGCU